AGAUCCACUAGUCCUGGCCACCUUAGUACAUCCAGCUUCAACGCUGCAUCCAACCAAAGAUUCAGAACCCCACGAUCCCCAACUCACCUCCGGUGACCACACCGUGUCUCAUCCAUAAAACCUCACACACCCCCGAGUCCGCCCACCGCUUGAAACGCAGACCAGAGCCAAUGGCCGCCUCUGUUUCAACCGCCAAAACCCCAAGUGUCGGUUUCGGCUCUUCAGUUCGUGGACAAGGAUUGGCCCAGAGUUUCGAGAAAUUACGGAUGGGUCCUCAAGGGAUCAGAUCACCACCUCAGUCGUCGGCGAUCUCGUGCGCGAUGACGAAGGCGUCAGCGGUGGCCGUUGAGGAGGCGGACACGCGGACACGGUGCAGCUCCGGCCGGAUUCAUUUGGGCGCUUUGGGAAAUUUGGCGGGAAGUAUGUACCUGAAACCCUAAUGCACGCGCUCACUGAGCUUGAAGAGGCGUUUCAUUUGCUAGCUAAAGAUGAGGAGUUCCAGAAAGAACUGGAUGGAAUUCUGAAAGACUAUGUUGGUCGUGAGAGCCCACUUUACUUUGCGGAACGGCUCACAGAUCAUUACAGACGAUCUAAUGGUGAGGGCUCUCACAUAUACCUCAAAAGGGAAGAUUUGAACCACACCGGAGCCCACAAGAUAAACAAUGCCGUUGCACAAGCUUUAUUGGCCAAGCGUCUUGGAAAGAAGAGAAUAAUAGCUGAAACAGGAGCUGGUCAGCAUGGAGUUGCAACUGCUACUGUGUGUGCGAGGUUUGGUUUACAAUGUAUUGUUUACAUGGGUGCUCAAGAUAUGGAGAGACAGGCCCUCAAUGUCUUUAGGAUGCGUCUUCUUGGUGCAGAGGUUAGAGGAGUUCACUCGGGAACUGCAACUCUAAAGGAUGCAACAUCUGAAGCUAUAAGAGACUGGGUCACUAAUGUUGAAACAACCCAUUAUAUUCUAGGCUCCGUUGCAGGUCCCCAUCCUUACCCGAUGAUGGUAAGAGAAUUUCAUGCUGUUAUCGGUAAAGAAACAAGAAGGCAAGCAAUAGAAAAAUGGGGUGGAAAGCCCGAUGUUUUAGUUGCUUGUGUAGGCGGAGGUUCAAAUGCAAUGGGCCUUUUUCAUGAAUUUGUUGAUGAUGCUGAUGUUCGGUUGAUUGGAGUUGAAGCAGCAGGGCAUGGUAUAGACAGCGGUAAACAUGCAGCAACUUUGACUAAAGGGGAAGUUGGGGUUUUGCAUGGAGCUAUGAGCUACUUGUUGCAGGAUGAUGAUGGGCAAAUUAUUGAACCUCAUUCAAUAAGUGCAGGAUUGGAUUAUCCUGGUGUUGGACCAGAACAUAGCUUCUUGAAGGAUAUAGGACGCGCUGAAUACUAUAGCGUCACUGAUGAAGAGGCUUUAGAAGCAUUCAAACGUCUGUCAAAAUUGGAGGGUAUCAUCCCGGCUCUUGAAACAUCCCAUGCUCUGGCCUACUUGGAAAAGCUCUGCCCAACUUUGCCCGACGGCACAAAGGUUGUUCUUAACUGCAGUGGAAGAGGAGACAAAGAUGUCCAAACUGCUAUUAAAUACCUAAAGAUGUGAGUCUUAAAUCAAAUGUCGCGGUAAUAAACAAAUGGAUAUGAGGAAAUAAACGUCCAUUGAUUUGUUGUUUGGUGUUACUUGUGUAAUUUAUAUAGACUGUCAGUGAUGUUUUAGUUUGCUCCAUUUCCUUGAUGCUUGUUUCGUUUGCUGAUUUGGUUGCCUUGGAAUUCUGAAGUUUAUAAAGGAUAAUCUGAAGCUUGAUUGAUUGUUC